CUUUUUCUUCUUGCGACAAUUUUCAGUGGAAAACCUAUGGCUUCUUUCAAAGGUCCUUGGAUUUCAGCAGAAUCUGGGAGUUCUGAACCUCAUUUAGCCAUUGGAGUGGAAGGAGAAAGAACAGAGGAGCCUCUCCAAGUUCUUCUUACAAGGUUCCCACUCAGGGUGUUGGAGAUAGUUUACAGCGAGAGUGGGAAAAGCAAAGUUAUGUCUAAACCUGAGACUGAGCAGCUGACGGAAGAAGAGCUCUUCGAUGUCCUCACCAAAACUGGUCAAAAGACUGGCAACAGGAAACCCAGAGGAGAUGUUCAUAGAGAUGGGGAUUACCAUCGAGCUGUCCAUGUAUGGAUUUAUUCAGAGAGUACACAAGAACUGCUUCUUCAACGACGUGCUGACUGCAAGGAUUCAUUUGCCGGGUUGUGGGACAUCUCUAGUGCAGGCCACAUAUCUGCUGGAGAUUCAUCCCUUGUUACAGCCAGAAGGGAGCUUCAUGAAGAGCUUGGUAUAAUCCUUCCGAAGGAGGCAUUUGAAUUGAUAUUCAUUUUUCUUCAAGAAUGUGUCUUAAAUGAUGGAAAAUUCAUCAAUAAUGAAUUCAAUGAUGUAUAUCUGGUUACAACACUAGCUCCGAUUCCUAUGGAGGCAUUUACUCUUCAGGUAUCGGAAGUCUCUGCUGUUAAAUAUAUCCCUUUUGAGGAGUACAAAAGCUUGCUUGCAAAAGAAGAUCCUGAAUAUGUUCCCUAUGAUGUAAAUGGGCAAUAUGGUCAACUUUUUGACAUAAUUGCUAAAAGGUACACAGCUAAGAUGGAGACACGGAGUUUGGCUCUACAAAAACAGCUUUCUCGUUAUGCUCCCAUCUCCCUUGAUUCUGAGUUGAUGGGGCUCACCGAUGCAGACAAGGAAGCUCUGGCAUUACUUAUUAAAGCUGGGACAAUCAUUGAUGAACUUUUCCACCUGCAGGUUUGGUACAGCAAUCCAACUUUAAGGGAUUGGUUGAAGGAACAUGCAGGGUUAUCUCAGCUGGACAAGUUAAAGUGGAUGUAUUAUCAGAUUAACAAAAGUCCAUGGUCUUGCCUUGACGAAAAUGAAGCAUUUUUAUCGACUGCAGACUCAGCUGUGAAGUUGCUUCCUGAAGCAACAAAGCCUGUUAAGGGGUGGAAGGGACUUGAGUAUAGGACUGCAUUUCCUAUGCUGAAACCACCUGGUGCAAAUUUUUACCCUCCAGACAUGGACAAAAUGGAAUUUGAAUUAUGGAAAGACAGCCUUAAGGAGGCCCAAAAACAAGAUGCAAUGGGAUUUUUCAGUGUUAUUAAAAGGCAUAGCGAAUCAACUUUGGACAAAUCCCUAGCCAACAGUGCAGCAGAUAGCAUUGAUCAUUUGGUGGGAUCUGCUCAUGAUCUUUAUACUGUUCCUUACUCUGAAGAGUAUAAGCAGUUCCUUACAAAAGCUGCUGAAUUGCUUCAUAAAGCAGGAGAUUUAACCAACUCACCUAGUUUGAAGAGGUUGCUACGCAGCAAGGCUGAUGCUUUCCUUUCAAAUGACUAUUAUGACUCGGAUAUAGCCUGGAUGGAAUUGGACUCGAAGUUGGAUGUUACUAUUGGCCCGUAUGAGACUUACGAAGAUGCCCUUUUUGGAUACAAGGCAACAUUUGAGACAUUUAUUGGAGUUCGAGAUGACAAAGCAACAGCUCAAGUUAAGCUCUUUGGCGAUUAUUUAAAGGUUUUGGAACAAAAUCUUCCAAUGGAUAAUGUGUACAAAUCACAAGAUAUAAUUGCUGCUCCUAUUCGUGUUAUCCAGCUCAUCUAUAAUUCAGGGGAUGUGAAGGGUCCUCAAACUGUUGCAUUCAACCUUCCAAACGAUGAGCGUAUAGUGAAAGAUCGGGGAACAUCCAUGGUCAUGCUUAAAAAUGUUUCAGAGGCGAAGUUCAAGCAUAUUCUUCAGCCCAUAUCUGAUGUAUGUAUUACGAAGGAACAACAGAAAUAUGUAGACUUUGAUUCUUUCUUCACCCACACAAUUUGCCAUGAGUGUUGCCAUGGGAUUGGGCCUCAUACCAUAACACUUCCAAAUGGUGAAAAAUCGACAGUUAGAUUGGAGCUGCAAGAACUGCACUCAGCUAUGGAAGAAGCUAAAGCUGAUAUUGUUGGCCUCUGGGCCCUACGAUUUCUAAUUGAUCAGGAAUUACUUCCGAAGAGUCUGGUCAAAUCCAUGUAUGUCUCUUUCCUUGCGGGAUGCUUCCGCUCAGUACGUUUUGGGCUAGAGGAAGCUCAUGGGAAAGGACAGGCACUACAGUUUAACUGGUUGUUUGAGAAAGGAGCCUUUAUUUUGCAUCCGGACGAAACAUUAUCUGUCAACUUUGCUAAGGUUGAUGUAGAAGUUGAGAGCUUGAGUAGGGAGAUACUUACAAUACAGGCCAAAGGUGACAAAAAAGCAGCAAAAGCUCUUCUUCAAAAGUACUGUACAAUGACACAGCCACUGAAAGUUGCAUUGGAAAAAUUGGAAAAGGUUCAGGUUCCCGUGGAUAUUUUUCCAACAUUCCCCGUUGCUGAAGAAAUAUUGCACAGAAGUCGGUGAAAUUUGUCAUUUACAUCAUCUUUCAAUGAACUAUGCCCGUCUAUUGCUCUUGGUGAGCCACUUCUUUUAGUGGCAAUAUUAGUACUAUGCUUCCUCAGUAUCCCUUUAAAAAAAUAAACCAUCAAUAAAUGUUUAAACAAUAUUUGAAUGUUGUAGUACCGUUUGUGAUUAUAUGAACAGAGGUUAUAUAUAGAAAAUGAUAAAUUCGCAAUGAAAUCAUGCAGGGAGCUUACUACAUUA